AUGAUUCGCAAGAAGGUACUUAGCAUCGGCAACAACUCCGCGACCCUUCUCGUGCAGGACACGGAGGCUGGCGGGGCGUUACGCGUGCUGCGCCGCAUGAAUGUGGCAGGGUGGGCCGCCGAGGAGGUGAGCACGGCAGUUCGGAUGUACGAGGAGCUGCACAAGCGCCGCCUGCGGGGCUUCGUGCCGAUCCACACCGUCCUCAUCCAGAGCUCCUUUCUCAGCGUCGUCGCCUCAUACGCCUCGGAGGGCGAUGUCACGACCUUAAUAGAGGAGGAAGAGCACAGCUCGCUCGAAGAGGCCAGCGUGCUGCGGUGGCUCUGCGCGUGCGCGCUGGCGAUUCGGCAGCUGCACCUGCACAAUCUCUUCUUCCCAGGCCUUACAGGGGAUCGUCUCUUUCUGGACCACCACACGGGUGGUACGGCAAACCUCCUCCUCGGCGUGCCGCUACCCCUCCCGGUCUACUAUUCGCAGCUGCAAGAACGGAAGAAGAGCGGUGUGCGCGUAGAACUCGACUACCCACCCGAGGUUCUCGCAGCACCUGCGGCACAUCCCAACGGCGGCGGCGAAGGCGCGAACCACAGCACCAGGAGUGGCAGCGGCUAUCACCCCACACUGAGCGACGUGUGGUGUCUGGGUCGACUCGGCGUGGUGCUACUCACGGCAAAGGGCACAAACAUUGCGCGACGCUCUGGCACCGCACGCCAGCUUCUCUCUCGCAUGAUGGCAGACGAGCCAGCGACGCGACCGUCAAUGGAGAGCGUUGUCCAGUCACUAGUUGCCUUGGCUGGCACCAUCAGCUUGGGCCAACCACCAUGGCCCUCACACCCGGCCACCGCCCCCUCUACCACCUCUGCGCAAGUCGCGUCCGCAAGCUCGGCUCCUGCCAUCGCGAGUAGACAGCCGCACAUCGCCGCAUCUGGAAGCACUGGCGGGAGUGCGGCGACUGUAGUGCAGUCGGCCACUGCCGAAAACCGUAGCGCCGGUGGAGGGGCAUCCAAGGCCCAGUGCACGACAAAGGGUGCCUCCAGUCGCCCACCAAGCUCCACCACGUCCUCAACUCCGCCUGAUGUGCCGUCCACUCGCGUACAUAAUAGUCAGCGCCACCCAGCCGAGACACCUGCUACCGUAGAACACUCGUCACCGCCACCACCGAUGUCGGCACCCACCCCGCACCUCGACCACCCCGGACGUCCUACGCACGCGCCGGACGACAGCUGGUAUCGCCGUGCAGGGGCGAAGUUUGAGCUGCUGCAGCGCAUGAAUGCGAGCCCGCCGAAGCAGCACGCCUUCAUCGGAGGCGGCGAGACACCGCAAGGGACUUCACGCGGCGAGCACGGUCAUCAUCACCUUCGCGGGUCGACAAGCAACCUCCGCAACACGAAAUCGCCCAGCCCGCGACACAACAGCCGAGGUGGCCUCAUCGACCACAACACGCGCGUGCUGGACGAGAUUUUUGCGGAGCAAGGUGAGCUGCUGCGGAAGGCGGGGAUAUGGCCCCUGUCUCCGCGGCGGCGCGUGGACGAUGCCAAGCAGUUUCAAAGAGAAACGCUGCGGCAGCUGCGGCUGGAGACGGCAGCGCGCCAACAGGAGAUGCGAAAGCAUUUCACUGAGUGGCAGCGGCAGAACAAUCAGCGGCUCACCGACGCCGACAAUGUGGAUGUGAUCGACCAGGACGGCAUUGUCAUCGUCGCUCCUCGCUCCGCCCCACCACACGAGUUUCUCCCAGUUGCCACGGCUGCGCCUGCAGCUGAGAGCGAGGAGAUGGGCGCUGGUGUGGAGCCCCCGAAGUCGAGGGCUCAGCUCACGGAAGACGCUCAGAGUGAAGCGUCGCCUUGCCAGACACCACUGCCCGCCUCACCGCCACCACCAAACUCGACUUCACGACCGUUAACACCGCGUGCCAAAACGCCAGCCGGCGGCAGCAACUCGGCAGCCGCGGUCAACGCGUAUUCCACGCGGUACAGUGGGAACAUGCCGCGACCUUCGCACACAUUCUUGUCGACACAGGAGGCGUAUGGCGCACGUAGCGCCGGAUUCUCUGCGCUGCCGCUGCGCGGUGCCACUUCCCCACGUCUGCCAUCACCGCCGCCGAACCCCGUGCAGCCGUACUCUCUUCGGAGCAACGACUCCUCUGGACAUGUCACCAGCCCAUCGAGCGACGGCGACGAUCGCCCCAUGCACAGUGCCGACGGCGGCGGCCGCUCGGUGCUGAAGAGCUCGACGGAUGUUGGCACGCUCUCCGCUGUUGAGUGGACUAUUGACGGCAUCCGCAGCACCUUGCGUGCCCUGCUACGGAACCGCAACCUCUACGGCGAGACCAUGCAGGAGGUGGCGCUGUUUAUCAGUCAGCCGGAGGAGGCUCGGCUGGCGGCGCGCGCGAACGAGAUUUUCAUGAAGCGGCUGCGCAAGUUGCUCCGCGAUGACGCGCUCUUUUUCAGCGCGGUGCCGCUCUGUGCGCAACUGGCGGCACUGGAGGGACUCGAACACACCCUGCGCGACUCCUCCAGCGGCCGCCCUUCUCGGCAGAGGUAUUAG